GUCUGCUCAUUUCAGUUCGAGACUUUAACCAACAACAUCCAACAACCUCUUCGAGACCAGGACCAGUUUCACUUCGCGUUUGGAGGAUAGGAUCAGAUCCACGUUGGUUUUUGGCUUCAAUUACCCACAACUGUCAUCGUCAGCGACUUGCUAACUAAUCGAAAGAAAUACUGUAGAAUAAAGUAAAGAAAUCGCGCUCCCCUCCCUCUCUCUCUCCGCCCGUUCGCCUUGUUCGCUGGUGUGUGCGUCGCGAUAAAUCAGUAAAUUCGAAAUCGGAAAACUGCCAGCGUUUCGCUCGCAGCUGAGAAAAACCGCAGGACGCAGCUCUCCUGCACUUAGCGUGUCGUCGUGUGCGUUAAUUGUGCCCAAGGAAAAUCGAAAAAUUCUGCUUGGUUCCCCGCAAACGGAGAGAAACCGUUUUAAAGAGCUAAUGCAAACGAAAGAAUAGAAAACAACUGCGUCGUGCACCAUUUUGUGAUAUAUUAUUUGCCCCUUCUCCUGCAACAACGAUCCCUGUGCAAUUCUCUGUAAAAAAAAAUUUUAAUAAUUACUAGCAACCAAUUUAAUUACUGCGAAACCAUCAAAACGAAUUAUUUCCAACAACUGUGAUCCGAACAAAAAACUCUGAGUUUUUGUUUCAAGCCUGUGUAAUUUCCACGAAACGGAUUGGAAAAAUCGUACCGCGAAUUAUUUGCAGUCACGAAGCAAAACACAAGCGCAGCCUAAUAAUUGGACGAACUGAUUAAACAACAGUUAAACUAAGCGCCGCAAAUCAACAGCAAAAAUAAAAAGUACAACAACGGCGGUUCAACAGUUGCGAGUUGCAAGUUGCUAGUACAUUGCACGUUGCCAAUUUGAAAUUGCACGCUUCCACGACUGAGAGCAAGCAGGAAGGAAAGGAGCCACCGGUGCCGCUGCCACACACAGCAGGAAGAAGCCGAAGAAACUUCGCUGGGCGAAAGUAAAAUCCAAGAGGAAACAACCAAUCCGCAUCAGCACACUCACAGAGGCGCUCUAGCCAGCCAUGGAACGUGAAUCCAAUCCAAUGCAACCCAUGUGCCGCUCUGGUUGCGGCUUCUAUGGUAACCCUGCCACAGAUGGUCUCUGCUCCGUAUGCUAUAAGGACUCGCUUAGAAAAAAGCAACAGCCACCUGUGAGCAGCACACCUGUCUCCGUUCCAAGCCCACAACCUAGCCCCACAUUCAGUCCGGCCAUUGCAAUCACCAACACCGCACAGCCCACAGUCACCAGUUUACAACAGCCACACAACGAUGUUAAAGAGAAAAUCACCGAUGAAGCCGCCGCUGCUGCCAAAGUCAAUAGCGAAGCCAUCACAUCGGCGACUGGUCCAAACACUUCCACACAAGCAGCCGCCUCGGCCAACGAGGAGGAUGACAAGGACAAGGAAGACGAUAAGGAUGCCAAAAAGAAGAAGAACCGAUGUGGCGAGUGCCGCAAGAAGGUUGGCCUGACCGGUUUCCAGUGUCGCUGCGGCGGUCUGUACUGUGCCGUGCAUCGUUAUUCUGAUAAACAUAACUGCACAUUCGAUUAUAGAGAGCAUGGCGCACAGGAGAUUCGGCGCAACAAUCCGGUUGUCGUUGGCGAGAAGAUUCAAAAGAUUUGAAUUUCGAUAUUGUGCCAGUAACAGUAAACAGUAGCCGUAGAAUGAUAAUAACCAACCUACACAUAAUAAGAGUAUAUAUAUAUGCUACGCUAUAAAAAGAAAAACCCACAACCAACAACAGAAGAAGAUGAGCAAAGAGCCUAAACCCACACAGAAACACACAUAUAACACACAAAUCCACACAGAGAGUAAAAAUACUAUAUAUAUAUAUAAAUCGAUAUAAACUGUAAUUAUGAUGUAAACAAACAGCAAACAGGCAACAAUAGUACAGAGAAACAACAACCAAAUACCCCGCAAAACUGCAGCAGCAAUAUCCUGGAACAAUAACGGCAACCAAUUCGAUGCUCAACACCACCAGCCACGUGCAGUACAAGGAGCAACAUGCAACAUGCAGCAGCAACAUGCAGCAACAGCAUGCAGCACCUUUCUACAUCUUGAACCAGACGCGUAACAGCGUUAGCGCAAAGUGCAAUCAACAAUCACGACGGCUGCAGUGGUUAUUGUAGCAAGCGGCCGCAAUAAAACAUCAUUCAUCCAUCCAUCAUCAAGCAACAAGGAACAAAACCUACAAGCAGUACAACAACAAUUACUACAACAACAACUACCGAUGGACCUUGGUCGCCUGCUGAGCUGGGGCUGAAUGAAACCGUCUUGAAGGAAAUAACAACAUCAACAACAACAACAACAAGAAUUGCUACAUCAACAACAGCAGCAACAAUAACACCUUUUAUCGACUAGUGUUGAAACAUUUUAUUUUUUCUUUUGUUAUUCCAAAAAAAUACAAUUUGCAAAUUGUUUGUAUUUAGCUAAAAAACACACCGCCACAUUUACAACGACAAGCAAGCACACAACAAAAUCAACCAUUGUUACCAUGUUACAUACAACGCAACAGCUUUUAAGUAA